AUGGACUCCCAGAUCGAUCGAGCCUCAAAAUCUUGCCUGCGGUGUGCUGAAGCAUCCAAGUCACCUACCUACGGUCGUGGCCGCAACCGACCAAAACCUAAUCUCGUCUUUACAACGAUAAUGCGGGUCCCCUCCAUAGUCCUGGAACUCCGACGAUUGUUUGUUCGCUUUGGAACACCACAGACUAUUAUAUCGGACAAUGGCAGUCAGUUUACGCCGUCCGCGUUUGCAAACUUUUGUUGGGAGUAUGGCGUAACGCACAUCAGUUCGCGCCGUCUCAUCCAGUCGAACGGCCAGGCGGAACGCUUCGUCGACACUGUGAAGCGGGUAAUACACAAGUCCACUGGUAACGGACCAAAAGAAGAGAUUUUACAAAGGUUCCUGCUGGCCAAACCCCAACUCACCGGAUGGAGUGUUACCAGCAAAGGCACUGCUCCGAAGGCGGCUUUGAACACCGCAGAAAAGGCAAGUUUCCAAGUAACAGGCGUAUUUAUGACAAACUGGGAUCCUUUGGAUGAAGGAGUGCAAUGCUCUGUGAGUGCUGAUCGUAAUGAUGCCAAGCUCGUCUGUGAACGACUCGAUAUACCAUUCCUAGAAUUGAACUUUGUGCGGGAAUAUUGGAUUUAUGUCUUCCAACCACUUCUUCGGUCUUACGAACGUGGAUGUACUCCAAACCCAGAUGUACUUUGUAAUCGUUUUGUCAAGUUCAAUUUUUUGGCAAAGAAACUUCUGCGAGUUGAGGGCAACUCGGGGAGCGCUUCGGCAGACGAUCAAGAAACCCCGCCGGUCCGUGUGGAUGCUAUCGCGACGGGUCAUUAUUGUCAAACUUCCUUUCAAACAAGGCCCGAUGGGGAAUCUUGCCUCCUCCGUAGUGUCGAUAGUGUUAAGGAUCAAACAUUCUGGCUUUCAACCAUUUCACACAAACAUUUGCGACACUUCAUGUUUCCGGUUGGUGGCUUGCUAAAGCCCGUGGUCAAACAGAUUGCAACAGACAUUGGUCUUUCUUCCAUAGCGAAACGUCGAGAAAGCAUGGGGAUGUGCUUCAUCGGAAAGCGACGUUUCGCCGAAUUCAUCGAUAGUUACAUUGCUCCGAAAGCUGGUUUGUUCAAGGACUUUGAAACCGGAAUAGUUUUGGACGAACAUCAAGGUAUUCAUCAUUUCACUCUGGGACAGCGCGCAACUAUUACCCGCGCCACUGGCCCCUUCUACGUGUCUCGCAUGGAUUUUGAUACACAAGAUAUUUAUGUGGUGCGUGAUCCGUACCACUCAAGUCUUUUCAUGCGCCGAUGUUGGACCGGACCAGCAGUUUGGAUCAACUCGACACCACCUGAACUACCAUCAGAUCAACUGGAAUUUCAGUGGCAAAACAAAUGGCGUGCUAUCCGAUGCAAAAUCCAACCUCAUCCCCAUCUGAUACAGGCAGCCACCGAGGUGCAUCCACUGGGCGCAAAGUUACCGGCCGAAUAUGUCGGGUCACACCUAGUAGAUGUGAUUGAUGCAGACUGUGAAGACGGUCGUCCCGUUGGUCCUUAUCUUUCGAUAGAACUGGACGAACCCAUGCGCUGUGUGGCUGCCGGUCAGUGGGCCGCUUUGUACAAAGGACACCAAUGUCUCGGGGGUGCCCUAAUAUGCGGUUCGGUUAGCCUGUGGGACGAGGGUCGGCGCCAGCCAUAUAUCGAUUGGAACAUAGCUGACUACGAACUGGACUACAGAGGUUUGGGUCUACGCAGAAAGCGCAUACCUCUCUUAGCCACUGACAAGCUAGUUGACCCAGAAAUCAAACGAAACCAUCAGAACCAGCCCCUCGAACACCUGCCGGACGGCACGAUGUCGGAUAUAAACGACCACUGGGAACACACAUCCAUAGCACUACUCAAGAUCGGAAACUCUGUUUGCAGUACAACCCAGCGAACCUCACCCAAACAUUGGAUAUCAAACAGGACAACGUCUUUGCUGCAGACCCGGCGACAGAUACUUCUUGCCCGCAACCACAUCUUCACCCGACGCACCAUCCGAUGCCAGGUGAAACUGAGCGUUCGUGCAGACCGAGAAGCUUGGUGGGCACGAAAGGCCGAAGAAAUGGAAAACGUAAAGAAAACUAGAAUCGUCCGCAAGCUGUUCCACUUGAUUUGUUCGACUGGCCCUCGGAAAUCUCUUGUCCGACACUGUCCACUUCUCGGUCGCUCACAGCACUCAGCACAGGGCUGUGCAACAACAGCUCUGCGAGCAGAUGUCCUAGCCGGCGUAACCUAUGAAGCGUGA